AUGGCGUCUCUUCCACCAACCUCAACUCUACCCACACUGGAUGCCGAACAAAGGGCACAAGUUCUCGACACUCUCUUCGAGCCAUGUUCUCAACUGCACACAUUGUCCGUCAGCUUAUUGCGGGAACAGCCAUUCCCAUCCUACGAGUCACUCAUUGAGGCCGUGGGCGAGCAGUUGCUAGAACUCCACCGGUCGAACUUAGAGAGCGAUCAAAAGUGGCUGGAAGCCAUAUUGUCCGCUCAUCCGCGUCUAGGUGAGAAAAAGGUCGAAAGUGAGCAGAGCCGUAAGGAGCAGGCGCAAUUGAAUCAAGGUGGAGCGGACGAGGCAGAGAAGCUGGCAGACAUGAACAGGAAAUACGAAGACAGGUUUCCGGGCCUAAAAUACGUGGUCUUCGUGAACGGACGGAGUCGUCCUAUCAUCAUGGAAGACAUGCAGAGGCGGAUAGACCGUGGAGAUAUCCAGCUGGAAAAGCAAGAGGGAAUUCAGGUAGGCAGUACAUCUUCUGCUGGACUUGCGCAACCCCAGUGA